UUGGGUCGUAUGACGUCGGAAUCGCCGUCUCAAGUGGUACAUGCUCAGCGAGUCUACUCUUGCGGUUCUGCAGGUCGUUGUCUCCGUCGAGUUGUCGAACUUCGAGUGUCGCCAAUCGAGGGUUGUCGGUGCCAGGUCAGGUUGCGUGAGCGUUCAGAGGCCUGUUGUUGCCCGACGGUGAUGGCUGAAGUCCAGACGGCCGAAGUGUCGGGCAGACGCUGCGAUGAGCAGAAAGGUGUGCUCAUCCGGUCUCUCGUCAAUUGGCGGCUGCAUGCCGGCACAUGUUGGCCCAUCAUUCGGGAGCGCUAUGAGCCAAUCGGUGGUCACGAAUAUAGACGAGCAAGUGGAGAAGAACCCAGUCUCUGGCUGGCCACUCUGGCAGAAGGUGUAGAUUUGUCCACUUUCGGUGGCUCACUUCUGCCGAAUGGCUCUGUUUCGCCUCAAAGCCAAGAGAGCCAAGGCGAGGUUGACAUGGCUUUUUUAAAGUUGAACUAUGAACUCGCGAAAUUUUGUGCUGGACGCGAAAGUACCACAAGCCUCGGUGCCUGCACGCAUGGUCUUCAGAAGCAUUUGGUCACCUCCACCAGACGUAGUGGAUGCAUCUGCCAGGUGGAAAAACGCAUAAUACUAAAGCCAUGUUUUUGCAAUACUCUGACCGCAGUCGAGGUCAUAUUUCUGGUGGACGAGUCCGUCUCGGCUCGACAACCCGACUACCCGGAAGGGGUGCGUCAACUGUUGCGCAGAGUCAUCCUCCUCUUCGACAAGGCCGCUUCAGGCAAUGGACAAGCCAAUAACUACAGAUUUGCCCUUGUCAAGUAUGCCAGCCAUCCCAGUGUCUUGCUCAACUUGGACGAGUUUGCGCCGGCCAGUUUGGUGGGUAGGAAGUCUGAAAAUGGCAGCUUUGGAGCCGGGAAAUUCGUACUCCACGUGGACAAGAUGGGCUACCUGGGCCGAAUGUCGAACCUGGGAAACGCUUUUCAGCUCGUCAGGGAGCAGAAUUUUCCCCUCCUCCUCAUCACACACGGGGUCUGCGUUAACUACCAGGACCAACAAGCAUUCUUUCAUUCCGACUUUGCGUGCGCUGCCUCCAGAGACGAUGAGUAA